AUGUCAGGCAGCACCACCACGUUACCUCCGCCCGCACCCUCCCCCCGCCUCACGCCCCUAAUCCUCAUCCUCGGCGCCACCGGCACCGGCAAGUCAGCGCUGGCCCUGUCCCUCGCGCGGACCCUCAACGGCGAGAUCCUCAACGCGGACGCCAUGCAAAUGUACCGCGGGCUGCCGGUCAUCACGAACAAGCUGCGGCCCGCGGAGCAGCAAGGCAUUCCGCACCAUCUCCUCGACGCCAUCGGCCCGGCGGAGACGCCGUGGACGGUGCGGCGCUACGUGCGCGAGGCGGACCGCGUGAUUGACGAGGUGCGGGGGCGGGGCAAGGUGCCGAUCGUGGUGGGUGGGACGGGGUACUAUAUGCAUGCGCUGGUGGUGCGGGAUGGGAUGCUGCGGGACGAGGACGAGGCGGAGAGUGAAGAGGGGGAGGAACGGGCGCUGGAGUCGUCGUCGUUGGGAAAUGAUAUGGGUAGUGUGGAAGAGGGGAUCAAACGGUGGCCAAUACUGGGCGCGAGCCCGGAAGAGAUGUAUGAGGAGCUAAAGAGGCUGGAUCCGGAGAUGGCGCGGAGCUGGCAUCCGAAAGAUUGGCGACGGGUGCAGCGAAGUCUGGAGAUCUGCUUGCGCACGGGCCGACGCGUCAGUGACAUCUAUCGGGAGCAGGCUCUUGAGAGGGAGAAGGUCUCAAGCAAUGGUCAAGUUAUAGACGGAGGUGCCGGACAGGGACUGGAGGCUCGCGGUGGGGAGUCGCUGCUGCGCUACGAUCCCUUGGUAUUGUGGCUUGCUGCAGAGGACUCUGCGCUGAAACAGCGGCUGAACUCGCGAGUUGGAGAGAUGGUGACGAAUGGUCUCUUCGAAGAGGCACUCGAGCUACAGCAAGAAGAGAAAAAACUUGGAACUGAAGGUACGGACAUUGAUAAGUCCAAAGGCAUCUGGGUCUCUAUUGGUUACAAGGAGAUGGAGUCCUGGGCUGCCGAGCAGCUAUCCAAGCCUCAACCUUUGGAAGACGCCAAAGUAUCACGUUUGGCACAGGAUGCGCUCGAGUCCGUCAAAGCAGGCACACGGCGGUACGCAAAGCGUCAGGAGCGUUAUAUCCGAAUGAGUUUCGCCAAGUCAUUGAAGCAGGCCGGGGUGUCCGACAGGCUCUUGCUGUUGGAUGGCACAGAUCUGAGUCGGUUCCAUUCCCACCUCGUACCCCAAGCGGAGGGUAUAGCACGAGCUUUCCUCCACGCAAAGGACCUGCCAGAGCCCUCGAGUCUGUCUGAUCUGGCCAAGCAGAUGUUUAGCAAGGUCCGCGACGAGAGUCCACAGAGGUCGCUCCGUGUGCGGCGUCAUUGUGAGGUUUGCGACAGAUUCUUGAUGACUGACAAAGAGUGGGAAACUCAUAUUGCCAGUAACAGUCACAAGAAAGUUCUUCAAGGUCGCAGGAAGCACCAAGCGAAGCUGGAAUAUCUCCAACGCACUGAAUCAUUGGAGCAUCAGGAGGAAUUACCCAUUCACAAGGUCGACGUGCCUUCCUGA